GGGGUCAGAGGGGAAAGGUGCGGGAGGCGGAAGCGGCGCUGCAGCUCGGUUGGCCUCUUCGGAGCGCGGUGGCGGCGCAGGCGGCCCACGGUGCCCGGGCCCAUGAGCGUGUCCCUGGUGGUGAUCCGGCUGGAACUGGCCGAGCACUCGCCGCUGCCCGAGGGCUUCGCUUACAGCGCGGUUGCUCCGGAGAUGGCUGCGGAGGGCACCGGGGCGACCCCGGCUGCUGUGCCGGCUUGUUUGGAGGGGAAAGGCCCCGGGGAGCGGGCGGCCAUCCUCCACCAGCACCUCGGUCGCAGGGAGAUGACCGACAUGAUCAUUGAGACCAUCCAGCCGCGUUCAGAUGAAACUGAAGCUGCUGUGGAAGGGAGAAAAUCUUCAGAGGCUGCAUCUGCUGAGGACAAAACCAGACAUGAUGAUCAGAGCAAAGAGCGUGAGGUUGCUCCAGACUCGCCGUCAAAACAGCUCCCUGACCAGAUUUCCUUCUUCAGUGGCAAUCCCUCGGUUGAAAUCGUUCAUGGCAUCAUGCACCUGUACAAAACAAACAAGAUGACCUCGUUAAAAGAAGACGUGAGGCGCAGUGCCAUGCUGUGCAUCCUCACGGUCCCUGCUACAAUGACCAGCCAUGACCUCAUGAAGUUUGUGGCCUCCUUCUAUGAAGUAAUUGAGCACAUGAAAAUCAUCAGAGAUUCCACUCCAAACCAGUACAUGGUGCUGAUAAAGUUUAGCUCUCAGGCGGAUGCAGACAGCUUUUACAUGGCCUGCAAUGGCAGGCAGUUCAACUCGAUUGAGGAGGAUGUCUGCCAGCUGGUGUAUGUGGAGAGGGCUGAGGUCUUCAAAUCAGAAGAUGGGGCCAGCUUGCCUGUGAUGGAUCUGACAGAGCUCCCAAAGUGCACAGUGUGCCUGGAGAGGAUGGAUGAGUCCGUGAACGGGAUCCUCACCACACUGUGCAACCACAGCUUUCAUAGCCAGUGUCUGCAGCGGUGGGAGGACACCACGUGUCCUGUCUGCAGAUACUGCCAAACACCUGAACCAGUGGAAGAGAACAAGUGUUUUGAGUGUGGAGUUCAAGAAAACCUCUGGAUCUGUUUGAUAUGUGGGCACAUAGGCUGCGGGCGCUACGUGAGUCGCCAUGCUUACAAGCACUUCGAGGAGACCCAGCACACCUAUGCCAUGCAGCUGACCAACCACAGAGUCUGGGACUAUGCUGGAGAUAACUACGUCCAUCGACUGGUUGCAAGUAAAACCGAUGGGAAGAUCGUUCAGUAUGAGUGUGAGGGAGAUAUGUGUCAGGAAGAGAAAAUUGAUGCCUUGCAAUUAGAGUACUCCUACCUGCUGACAAGCCAGCUGGAAUCCCAGCGAAUCUACUGGGAGAACAAGAUAGUCCGAAUAGAAAAGGACACGGCCGAGGAGAUUAACAACAUGAAGACCAAAUUUAAAGAGACCAUUGAGAAGUGUGACAGUCUGGAACAGAGGCUGAAUGACUUGCUCAAAGAAAAGCAGUCUGUGGAGAGGAAGUGUUCCCAGCUGAACAACAAGGUGGCUAAACUGUCCAACGAGCUGAAGGAGGAGCAAGAACUGAAUAAAUGUUUGCGAGCAAAUCAAGCCUUGCUUCAGAACAAACUGAAGGAGGAGGAGAGGGUGUUGAAGGAAACCUGUGAGCAGAAGGACCUGCAGAUCUCAGAGAUCCAGGAGCAGUUGCGGGAUGUCAUGUUCUACCUAGAGACACAACAGAAAAUCAAUCACCUCCCAGCUGAGACCCGACAAGAGAUUCAGGAAGGACAAAUCAACAUUGCAGUGGCAUCUUCUGCCAGCUCCUCAGCAGGGAGCACAGGAAAACCUUCUUCCAGGAGAGGCCGUGGCAAGAGGGGCAAAUGAAGAUCCAAAUGCCCUGCUCCCGUUCUGAAACUGGCCAUGCUGGUGCAAGGCCAGGCUCACCUCUUGGGACUCCAGCUGGGAAUUCCCAGUUCACUAAAUUCCAGCUAGAAAUUUGUCUUCAGAGCUGCUCAUAAAACUGGCUGCCAGUCACUGGAGGUGUCUGUGGUAUUUAAAAGCAUUUCACUGCACUAUUUAGCUCUUUUUUUAGGCAGAUCUUAAUGACCAUUUUGCCUUCCUACCUAUCCAAAGCCCCUCCUGUCAUGCAUUUGACUUUCUCCUUAGAGAGUGUGCUGGUUUGGAUGGGUGUGUUUAUAUUCACUGCAUUCCCUAUUGAGAUGCUAUAGAGUAAGCUAGGCCCAGUGUGGAAGGCUUUCCCAGAAUUAAAAGCAUUUGAAGUUAAGUGAUUUUAUUUAAUGAAGAGUGUCAGUUAGAUUACACACAUCUCCUUUUAGUAUUCUGAUAUCCUGAUGCUGCAGAACUGCUAGUACAGGAGCAGAGCUGUAGUUUGGAAGGAGGAGGGAGUGAGGUGUGGAAAAUAAACCAUCUUAGUGAUGUAAGAACCUGGGAAGUCCCAAAGGCUGGUAAUGCAGGAUAUUAAAGGCUUCAAGGGACUAUCUCUUUCUUCAGUUUGAAGAUGGCCUUUGCAAGGCCAUUGCUGGCAGCUUUUGGGGCAGAAAAUACGGAAUUUUUUUAUUCUGGACACUAUUUAAUAUUACUUUACAGGUAUUUCUACAAAGACUGGUACAGGUUGUGUAGUAACAGUGUUCUGAUCUCCUGGAGCAGGGUGUGGGUGCAUUCCCUCUGUGAGCUGCACUAGGGAUGUGUUGGGAUAAGCUCCAGUGCUGCUCUCCUCAGAGUGAGGUGGGAAGAAUGACUAAUGUGGUGUUUUAAACACUGUCCUCCUUGAUUCGUGGCUGUAACCAACCUUGGCCAGACUGCUGUGCUGAGCUGGGCACAUGCUUCCCUGCCAUCAGAGCCUCACCACUAGAUGUGGCCCUUUUCAGUUCCUGCAAUCACUUGGCAGCUGCCUGUUCUGCUCUGGAAUGUGGCACUGUCCAAAAUCUCAGCUGGAAAGGCUUUCCUGUUACUUGUCCCAAAGGUAUGCAGACCCUGGAAAGGAAAUUUGUGGGCAAAUGGGGUACUUGGGUUGUUUGUCACUUAGACUCGCUGCUCUGGGGGUUGGGAGGAGUUUUGCCUAUCCUGGUUGCUGUGUUGAGCUCAGCAAUCUGAGAAUUUAGAAGUUAAUUCUUAAUUACAAGUGGCUGGGGGAGUCCCAUGGUUGUGUUUUCAGACCACAGUAUGAUCCUUUUUGUUGUUCAAACUAGGAACAGUUCUGAUCUUAGUCUGUUACACUGAAAACAGCACUGACUUACCAGCUCCAAACUGGAAUAAAGCAAGCAACCACCCAAUCCUUUAUUAGCUAGAAGCUGUUCUUUUGGGUCAGAUGGAAGGAGUGAGUUCCAAUAAACAGAAUGACUCUGGGAAGGUGAGUUGUUACAAUCUGCUUCCUGCCUUCACGGACUGGAAGUGUUGAACUGGCUCACUCUGAAACACAGGGCACUCAUUAGUGCACUCAUUGCAUCCAGUGCUUGGGUUUGGAGCUCAGCCUCAGUCAUCUGGAACUUCUUCUACCUUUUCUAACUUUGUAGCAUGAAUGUACACUAACUCUUUUCUAGCGUGUGGGUUGUACAACCAGGCCUCUGCCUUCUGUAAAUGAUCCUGGGGACCUAGAGAUAUCCAAGGUGGCUUGCUCUCCUAUAGAAACUAUUUUAUUUAAGAGAUAUUUUUACACCAUCUAAGAUCCUCUGACCUUUUGCUGAAAGCUUGCUUUGUGUAGGACACUAAGAUGCUGUAUUGUAUCUUGGAAUUCAUUUUCAAAAAAUGUGAUGGAAAAUUAAACCAGCAUUGCAGGA